AUGACUAGAGUCGGGGCUGUUGUUACCGAAAAAAGUAAACUUCAAGAAAAAGGCUUUUCAUUCUUCAUUCCGACGUUACCUCUUGCCACAUCUAUUUCCAAAAAGGUCUCGCAUGUGUAUCUACUGUCGUUGGCGGAAUUCGAACCGCUUCAUGGAACGUCAUUCCUAAUCAACCUCCCCUUGAACACCCCUCCGGAAAAAUUCCUCGAGAAAUUAUCCCAACUUGAUGCCACAUUCGUAGUUGCAGUACCUGUAGUCGAGGAUUGGCAUUUUUGGACCUUGCUACGGCGUUUCCAGAGUCUGUUUGACUAUGUUUUGAUCCAGACGACUCAAUUAGAGCCCAACUGGACACAGCGUUAUAUGUGUCUCAAAUAUCUGGCGGUUGUGGCUAAUGAACAUUGCGAGCAGUUGGCCAUGAAAGGACAUGAACCAGACUUACUUCUUUUUCCCGAGAAUAUUGAUCCUGAGAAUGUCGAAAAGACGAGAAUAUUAGCAAGAAACAUAUCCAGUCAAUUGAGGCAACAAGAAUAUUUGAAUUACUUCAUCGACCCUCUACAGCCCUUGACGCAAGAGAUGCUGCUCGAGGUAUACGAAACUUUUGAGAAAGAUAAAUCGAAAUACGAAGCUUAUGACGAGGCAAUUGACUUGGCUUUUGCGGACUUGAUUCAUCAAACGUCUCAUCGUCCCACAAUUCUAGUUAUUGGACCUGGCCGGGGUCCUCUUCUUGCGAUGGCUGCAAAAUACAGGGAUAAAGCUGAUGUUAUUGCCGUCGAGAGAAAUCCCAAGUGUAUUUCCAAACUUAAAUCAGACAAUUCCAAGCUCUGGGAUGGUAAGGUUUGUAUUUAUGAGGGUGACGUCAGGUCAAUCUCAAGCUCUCUCGGUCACAUUGACAUUGUCAUAUCUGAACUACUCGGCUCAUUCGGUUGCAAUGAAGCCUGCCCUGAAAUACUCACCGGAUUUAAAGCUGCCAUCAUGAUUCCACAAUCAAUUACUUGUUUCCUUAGACCAAUUUAUUGCUCAUUGAUGGAUGAAAAUAUCAAAAGACCAUACUUAUUAAAAUCUGAUCAGGAGUUUGCUGUGGGAGCUGCUUCAUCAGUUUUCCAUUUUGACUUUCCGGGAUCUAACAGCCUUGAUCAGGUAUGGCUGGCUAACUUCGAUUUUCACUUACCAGAUGUUGCAAAUGCACUUCAAGGGUAUUUCAAGGCUGACCUAUAUGGGCACGUCAGCAUAUCCAACUUGUAUGUGGAUGCCAGCACCUAUGUUUGCUCUUCCUGGUAUCCGAUGGUAUUCCCAAUAAGGCCGGUUGAGUCCAGGAUUGCAGUGACAAUGGCGAGGCGAAGUGUCAACACCAAGCUUUGGUACGAAUGGUCGGUCGGCGGGGACAUCCAUAAUCAGGAUGGAGGCCAAUAUAGCAUAUCUUUAGCAUAA